AUGGUCACGAGCUCACGCAUCCUGGAGCCUGCAGAUGCUGUGAGACGAGCCGGCAUCCAUGGAUACGACGGUCAAUUGCGAGAGAGGAUCUACGUGAAGGCAGGCGGAGAAUUGAAACUCGCCUGCGGUGCCAAGGCGAGAGGCGAGUGUAAACACGGAGGCGGAGCGACGCGCGUCGGGCCAGUGUGCCAAGGCUUCCAGGGCGGCGUGGCGGCGCGAGCUCUGUUUGGCCAGCGACACCUCCGCGCGCAGACGGCUGCAGGCUUCUGCUCCUGGGUCCGCGCAUCGAAGCCUGGGCUGCGCGCGCGCCUGCCAAAUCCCUAA